GUGCGGCGCUCGGCGCCUUGAAGUUGUCGACGUGUGUGACCAUAUAGGGGUGAGUGGCGACUUGACUGAGUUGACUCUUUCUUCUUAGCUGAAAUUCAGCGGUAGAGUAGCGGUUUCCGCAGCGCAAAAUCGGCGCGCAGCGGUAGAUUAGCGAUUUUGGCAGCCCAAAGAAGCGGCGCGCAGCGGUCGAGUAGCGUUUUGGGCAGCGCAAAAAAGCGGCGCGCAGCGAUAGAGUAGCAAUUUUCGCAGCGCAAAUAAGCGGCGCGAGUUUGCUUGCCAAGGCUAGGGAAGCGGGGGGCAUUGGACUGGUGGGACUGCGUGGACGAACAGAGCGAGGAGGGAGGAGGGAGGAGGGAGAAGGUUGUGUUAGAAUUUAAAGAAGAGACGAGUGCCGGCAAUGGCAAGCGAGCUUGCAGAGAGAAUGAAGGUGAGAGGAGCGGAAGCCGCUGAGCGGAUCAAGCGGAAGGUUCCCGAGGCUGGCAAAUGGAGGAAGCGAGACAUAGCUGCUCUCGUGCUUGUGCUUGGAACGUUGCUAGGCGGAGGAGGUAUCCUGUUGACUCUCGUUGGUCCUCCGACUCUGUUUAUCGGCGGGGCUUUGCUGCUGCUCUUGUCUCCGAUCCUCCUCUGCACCGCGCCGUUGUGGAUUCCCCUUGUCAUCUUUCUUGGCAUUCUUCUCGCCAUAGCCGUUGGAUUCGGUGGUAUGGCACUAAUGGCCUCGGUGGCUGUGUGGUGGAUGUAUCGGUAUUUCCGUGGACCUCUUCCUCCUGGCGGAGCGGUCUUGGAUAAGACACAACAGCAGCUCCAGCAGAGUGUCUUGCAAGCCAAGGAGUAUGUCACGCGAAUGGGGAGCAACGCGGGUGGGGUUUGAGUUAAAUGACCGACCUGAUCGGACUGAUCCUAAUCUCCCGCUAUUUCUCGGGGAUUAGGUCAGGACCGUCAGGCCCGGUCGGGGAACGACAAUGCUUUUGGAGUCACUGUGCAGCCAUUCAUACAGGCCGUGAGGUGUCAGGGUCUCUCUCUCUCUCUCUCUCUCAUUCAUAUGGCGCAGAGUGUUUAGGGUCUCUCUAUUCACUCAUGAUGACAGUUCGGAUGGAUUGCUGAAUGUUGUGCGGCUUGCUGUUGUGCACAUUGCUUGAAGGGGUACGUAGUUCUGUGACGUGUGUUUUCACUUACGCGGAAGAGCGUUUUCACUUACAUGGAAGAGCGUUUUCACAUAUGCAGAAGAGUGUUUUCACGCACACGUACAUGGACGAGGUGCAGGGUGCCAGCAUUGCCAGGUAUGAGCGGAUUGAUUCCUCUCCAAGUGUGUGGGCCGUCAUCUGAAUCAUGGGAGGAGCGUCAAGAGUCAAGCCUCAAGCGGCAAGUGUCCGAUCUGGACCGGAGGGUAGAGUUUCAGAGGGUAGAGGUGCAAUUGAGCAGCUCAGCCUGCUGUUGUCGGCUGCUCUGAGUGAGCUAGCUUGCAACGACUGGUGCUGCUGUGGCAGUACUUGAAACUGAAGUUGAGGGUGUCUUUUUUUUUGUGGGUGCGAUGUUCAGGGAGAUUACACCGCUCUUGAAAUUAGAUGUCACGGAUGUCACUGAUGUUUACUGUGGAGGCGGGGGUAGUAAUGUAGGUGGUAGGGUUGUGAGGCUGGUGCUGCUCCUGAUCCUGGGAAAUAAGCGGGCUGGGGUUGUGAUGGCCUCUCCCACCGUCUUCACUGAACGUAACGCAUAUGCGUGUUGCGAGUUGGAAUACAAUGCGUGUCAGUUCUAUUCGAACAGCCCUUGUUUUCGAAAAUCUGUAUGUGUGCUCUAUUAGAAUCAUUGUUGUUCAGUCGUGCGGUUGCUGAGUGUGCUCUUCGCCUUCCUUGCACUGAUUUGGUCUUAAAAUAUCGUCCAUGGAAAACGUUUUAUUCUUGAAUCAUUCUGCUGGAAUGGUUUAAGUACGAUGGAGGGGUAGGGGGUGGUUGUCCAGUGUGCCCUGCUUCUCUGGAUUAUCCUGACAUAGAUCGUUUUAUUUUGUUCUGUUUUUUGGUCACCUCUCUGUUUGAAAAGUUGUGAACUGGGGGUGUGUUGGCUUUGUUUAGUGUAAUUGGAGUUUUUUUUUAAUCCUUCUUACAUCUCUGUAUGCUCGGAGACUCGGAGAGUUCUUUUCUUUUCAUGCUCCGAGUUGUCCUCAGAGUCGCCUUCCGAAUUGUUUAACUUUCUUCUCAGUUUUUCUGCCAGUCUUGGAGUGGAGUCUUGGAGUGGAGUUGUUCGCUUAUUCUGCACCUGUCUGUGGACCUGUGGUAACUCCGGUAUUUCCUUUUCAUUUGAAGAUGAAGAGAAUACCGCAAGGAACACCACAUUUUCCGUUGAAUGCGAGAGUUAGCAUUGUGAUGCUUUGAAGUUUGGUCACUACACAUGGACGAGGGAAUGAGAACCAAUCUUCUCUACACUGAGAGAGAGAGACAGAGAGAGAGAGAGGCCUCUCAUGGCGAAUGCUGCAGGGUGGCUGGACUAGAGAUGGCGCUGAUGCUCUGACGAAGUUUGAUUACUAUAUACGGAGGAGGGGAUGAUGACCAAUCUUCUUUACACACACACACACAGAUAGAUAGAUAGAUAGAUAGAUAUAUAGAGAGAGAGAGAGCCGUCUCAUGGCGAAUGCUGCAGGGAGAGAGAGAGAGAGAGAGAGAGGCAUCUCAUGGUGAAUGCUGCAGGGUGGCUGGACUAGAGACUAGGAUGUUCAAGAGUACACAACAGCCUAACAACGAUUCCAUUUGUGAAGAACGAUUUUAGGAAUUUUCAGUGUGGAUGACCGUGCGUGCUAAUGAUGGCUCUUGCCGGAACCCAAAGUCU